AUGAGCAAUUUAGCGACUAAUAGCCCUUCUGUCAAUGAGAAAUAUGUCUGGGAAACAAUUACAGGAUUUCAAAAACAAUUGCAUGAUCUACUGAAAAACAAUCAAUUAAGUGAAGAUUUUACCUUAUUAAAUGGGUAUCUUACUUUUGUUCAAUCAAAAUUGGAAAGGUUAGUUCAAAAUUCAAUUGAUGAACAGCAAUCUUGUUAUUUGCAACCAACCUCAAUUUCUUCAGACAACAAUUUUAAUGAUAAUGGCACGAACAAUGAAACAAAAGAUGCAUCAAUUACAAUAAAUGAAAAAAUUGUCCCGUUAAUUUUGGACAUGCUUUGGGAUAAGAUUUAUUAUCCAAUCUUUAAAUGGUUUCAAGCUUGGAAAAGACAUUUAUCUCCAAAAUCUUCUCAAGAACAACCCAAAUAUGUGGAAUUUAGAAAAAUGAAUUCUAAAUUUAAUAAAUUUUUUUCAAUUGUUCAUAAAUUUUAUUAUUUAACCAUUGAAUUAUUGAAUUCAAAAUAUGAUAUGUCAACAGUUAUUUCUAAUAAAAUAAUAAAAGAUUUAAAUUUGCCCUUAUUUAAUGAAUCUAAAAAAUAUUCCAAACCAACAAAAUUAAUUGAAUUGAAGCAAGAUAGUAAAUUUACUGUUCUGGUUGUUGUUUCAUUUCACAGAUGUGUUUUAUACCUUGGUUCGGCUCAAAGGUAUAGAACAAUGUCUGAAAAAUUAUUUGAUAGAUUUUCUGUUCAAGAUUUCAAAAAAGCAUUUAGAUAUUUGGAUAUUGCAUCAUUGUUACUACCAUCAGUUGGUGAACCUCAUUUACAAAAAAGUUUAAUAUAUUUGAAUACAAAUAAUUUCGGUUGUGCUACUUAUGAAUUUAUCCGAUGUUCAUUAUCAAGAAUUCCAAAUCAAUCAGGUUUAUCUAUGUUUAAAACUAUGAUGUUUGAUAAAAAUAGUAUUAUACGUGAAAAAUUUGAUGAAAUUUUAAAAUCUACUCAAGUUUAUGAAAUUUCAGGUUCUAAAAUUGUUAAUAGAGAAAUUAUUGAAUAUUAUUUCUUGGCAUUAUUUGGUUGUUAUUUUGCUCCAACUUCGUGGACUAAGGAAAAUAGUAAUUUUGAAAAAUUAUAUAAUGAUAUGAAUUUAAAAUAUUUGAAACGAAUUUAUUAUGAAAGGAUGAGUACACGUUAUAUCAAGAAUAUUCAAUUAAUCUUUAAAAAUCUAAUAAUAUUGAUUGGCGGUUAUCAAUUAUUAAUUAAUGAACAAAAUAAAAAAAUAACAACGUUAAAUGAUUUAACUAAUCAAUUGAUUAAUUAUUUGAAUUUCACUUUUGAAUUUAUUUCUAAUUUAAUUGAAAAUGUAAUUAAGCCUGCAUGGUGUAAAGAUAUCGAAAAUUGGGAAUAUUUGGCUAUAAUACGUAUAAUUGAAUGUUGGAUUAAAUCAAAUAAAAUUAUUCUUUUAUUUUCACAUCGUAAUACUAAAUUUUGUAAAAGUUUAGGAAUCUUCUUAAAUGAAAUCUGGAAGAGUGAAAAAUUGAAUUUUGAAACUUUUUCUAAACAUCGACCAAAGAGAAAUUAUUAUUUCGAAGAAGAUGUUAUAUUAAAGGAAUUUUCAUGUAUUAAUAAUGUAUUAACCGAUUUCAAUGAUAAUGAAAUAUUUUCUACAAUUAAUAAAUCUGAUCGAUUGAUUGGCAAUAUCAAUAAAGAAGAAAAAUUAACAAUUCAACAAGAAAAUCAAUUAAGAUUAGAAGCUAUUGUCUCCUCAGGCUAUAAAUUUUUAAAUAAUAAUUCAUAUGGUGUUGAAUGGAAUAAUGAUAAACAUAUUUAUGAAUUUAAAAAUUGUAAAAUUGAAAUUAAUAAUAAUAAUAUUACUAAUAAUUAUAUUAAGAUGAAAUCAACUAAUAAUAAUGAAACAAUUUUUUCAAAGAAAAAUAAUGGAUUCUCCAAAAGAUCUAAUGGAGAAAAAUUAAUUGCAGUAACAGAAUUAGAAAAUAAAUUACAGCAGAUUCGAAAUCCCAAGAAAUCACCUUCCACUUCAUCAGCUCCAACCACUGCUUCAUCGUUUAUGAAUAGAAGAAGUACUGAACCUUGGGGGUAUAGUGGUUCAUCUGUUCCCAUGGCGCCAGAAUCAUUUACUAUUAGACCAAGUUCUGCAUUGACAAGUAAGAAAGAUGAUAAUGUACAAGAAGAUGUACAAAUGGAUGAAAAUGAAGUUGAUACGAGUGAUAAACUAGAAAUUAAUGAUGAAGAUAACGAAAUAGACGAUGAAAAGGAAACAAGUAAUCAAAAAUGUGAAACAGAACAGGCACAAUUGAAUCAAGAUAUCGCUAAUGAUGAGAAAUUAUCUAAAUAUAUUAAUAGUGUAUUACAAGAUGAUGAAGAUUCUGAUGAAGAAGUGUUGAGCUUCUUACAACCACAAGUCCAACAAACUUGUAUGUCAUAUAACAAUAUAAGCGUUUCAUCAUCCUUACCUUAUCAACCGAUUUAUUCUCGUAAUUCUACACCUAACAAAUCUCCUCAAACAUCGACACAAAUUAACAUAAGAAGUAGUAGUACAAAUAAUACAAACACUGAAUCAUCAUUUCCAUUUAGUAUGCAAUUCCCAUCUCGUUCAAAUACUACUACUACUGGUUCUCCCUACAUUGCAUCUACCAAUAUAAACACUGUCGCAUCUGCUACUACGACUGCAAACACAACCGCUUCUACUUCUGCUUCUACUUCUACAACACAAACACAUGAAGAGAGUAAUAAUACUGAUAAAUCGAAUCUAAGUAGUAGUAGUAGUAGUUUUCAAAUCCCAUUCCAACAAAUCCCAAAUACAUCCUCUGGUACGUAUUCCAACAUGAAUAUGAACAUGACUAUGUCUCCCAUGGGUAUACCCAUGCCCAUGCCAUUGACAACAAAUGGCAUAACAACCAAUCCGGAAACGAUGUACCCAAAUGUAUCACAAGGAAUCACCACCAGUUGGUCUGAUAACUUCUUCCAAGACGCAAAUAGGCCGUAUCCUCCCCCUCCACCUCAAUCAAUAUAUCCUCCUUUCACCAACAACUCAAUGAACAUGGCCAUGCAGAAUAUGGUGCCUUCACCCAACAGAACUACUUCUAAUACAAGCACAACUACAACCUCAAACGCAAAUGCAAAUGCAAACACAAAUACCAGUUUCAUGAACAUGAACAUCCGUAUGGGCAUGGGCAUGGGCAUGAACAUGAACAUGCAAGGUCAAAUGCCUCGUCCUCCUCCCCCACAGGGCCCACUGUUCUAG